AUGGCCGAGCCGCCACGUCAGGACCCAACGAGAAAGAGGCUGUUCAAGGGAAAGCAUAGCGUUCCGCAGAAGCCUCGUUUGUCGUUUUCUGUGCAACAGCCGAUCUGGUCCAGCUGGCAGCAGAAAAGACAAGCACAUCCAGUGGCAGGCAUAGGUGGAGGGGGGGGAGGUGGAGAGGGUGGCACAGCGGGAAGGGGAGGAAAAGGGGGGACAAGUGAGGGAAAGGGGGUAAGCGGGGGAGGUUUCAGAGGAGAAGGAGGAGAGUGUGUUGGAGAGAGAAGGGUUGCGGGGAUUGGUGGCGGAGUGAGGGGGAGAGAGGGAGCGAGUGUGGGUAUGGGGAGUGUGGGAGAGAGGGCGUGGAGGAGCGUCAGUGAAAUUGGGACAUUUGGGGGUUUGAGAGGGUUGGAUGUGACUACACUGGGGAGUGAUACUAGAGGCGGGUUCGGGAGUGACAAUAGAGGGGACUUAGGAAGUGAUGGUAGAGGGGGGUUUGGGAGUGGCACGGUGUUUCACCCGACUGCAUGGCGGUGUGGGAUACCUGCUGUGGUGAGGAGGAGGAGGAUCAAAACCAUUGCUGAUUGGUCCGAUGAUGAUGGUAAUGACAAUGGUGGUGAUGGUGAUGGCGAUGGCGAUGGUGGUUGUGCUGAUGAUGGUGAUGGCGAUGGUGAUGCUGCUGGUGAUGGUGAUUGGUUGGAUGAGGACGGGGAAGAGGAGGGAGUGGAGGCAGAGGAGGGAGAGGAGGAAGCGGUGGAAAAUGAGGAGGAAAAGGAGGAAGAGGCAGGUGAGGAAGGGGGGGAGGUGGAGGGGAGAGAGAAGGAGGCAGAGGAGGAAGAGCAGGAUGAGCGUGAACUUGAGGGGUUAAGGGAGCGGCACGUGAGAGAGUGUGGAGGGAGGAGGAAGAGGAGACGUGUGAUAGGUAACGAGGAGGAGGAGGAGCAGGAGGCAGGAAAGUGGAUGGGGGAGGAGAGAAGAGGGAAUAUCGGAGUACAAGAAUCAGUUGAAAGGGAGGAGGGGGCAGGAAGAGAGGAACAAGACAGAACGAUGGGUGGGAACGAUGAUGACAGGGAUGCUGACAAUGAUGACAGGGAUGCUGACAAUGAUGACAGGGAUGCUGACAAUGAUGGCAGGGAUGCUGACAAUGAUGGCAGGGAUGCUGACAAUGAUGGCAGGGAUGCUGACAAUGAUGGCAGGGAUGCUGACAAUGAUGGCAGGGAUGCUGACAAUGAUGGCAGGGAUGCUGACAAUGAUGGCAGGGAUGCUGACAAUGAUGGCAGGGAUGCUGACCAUGAUGGCAGGGAUGCUGACAGUGACGACUCCAUGAUGACUCAGCCUGACGACGAAGCCACGUGGCAGUCCUUGAUUGAGCAGUCCACGGUCGAAAUUGUUAUGGAAAGUGCAAGGGAAGGAGGGAGGAGAAAGGUGGAUGGGUUGGAGAUUCUUUCAGAUUCACAAGAGGAAGACAAAGGCGGGGGCGGAAGGAUAAGGGUAGAGGAAGAGCAGGAAAGAGAGGGAAGCGAAGGGCGGGGGAAAGGGAAGAAGGGAGGAGAAGUGAGAAGACGCGAAGAGGUGGGGCAUGAGGAGGGGGAAGGAAGGGAGAAGGCAGGAGGCAGUAGCGAGAUGGUGCAGUCAGGUUUUGCGGGGAGUAGAGAGGGGAGAAGUGAGGGGAGAGGAGUCGGGAGAGGAGAGGAGGGUAGAGGAGAGGUGGGGAAAGGAGGGGAGGGUAGAGGAGAGGAGGAGAGAGGAGAGUGUGCAAAUGGAGGAAGGGAAGAGGAGAAUCUAAGCGGGGCGGAGGAGAAAGUAUUAGCAGAUGAGGACGCACGGUGUGUACAGGACGAAGCGGAGGCCUUGGAGGAGGGGGAGGGGAUGGCGAUGGGCGAGUUUGACUUUGAACCGCCGUCCUUCUCCCUCCACGUGCAGCCUUCCGAGCUUCACAUGGAACCUGAUGCGAGGAUGAACUUCCUCCCCUCACAGGGAGUGGACGCUCCCAGCCUCUCGUUUCAUCCUGAGGCGCCUCCAAAGUCCCCCCCUCUCGUGCAGCCCUCUGAGAUUCAGGCAGAACUUGAUGGGAUGAACUUCUCCCCCUCACAGGGCCUGGACGCUCCCAGCUUCUCCUUGAAUCCUGAGGCGCCUCCAAAGAUGGGCGUGAAGCAUGAGACGGCUUUUGAGGCGCCGGAGGAAUCGGGGACACAGGAAUCAGGAUUUCAGGCGUCACAGGGUUUGGACGCACCCAGUUUCUCGUUGGGGCUGGAGGGGUGGGAUGGGGAAGAGGGCGCGUUGGGGGAUGGGCAAUGCAUGACAGAGAGGGACGGGCAACAAGGAGCAGCAGAGAGAGUUUUUGACCGGAGUCAUAGAAAGAUGGAGAGCACAGUGGGGGAUGACGAAGGGUUGGCAAAGAGGGAAGCCUGGGAAGGGAAGCAGGGGGCAGUUGAGCAGCGAGUGGCAGUGGGAUGGGACGGCGAGAGGUGUCGUGAAGAUGAACGGAGUGAGAGAGCCCUUGGAGAUGGUGUUUAUGGGAGGGUUGAGAGUGGUAAGAAGGUGAAGGUUGAGGUGUCUGGGGCUCAUGCUGAUGUUGCUGGUAGUGCUGGUGGUGCUGCUGCAAGUGCGGAGAGAGACGGAGGGAGGAGGUUUAAAAGGCUGCGAAAGGCUGUAGAGCCACCCGCAACACAGACUCCGGCAACAACACCCACGCUGUCGGAGGCUACGAGGCAGCUGCUGCAGCGGCGCCUGCCGCACCUGCAGCUGGUGGGGUGGCUGGAGGAGCGGGGGUGCGAUGCCAACGGUGACCCUGUUUUCAUCGACUACCGAUGCCAGUUUGGCUCCGAAACUCCCUCCGGGGCAGAUACUGACAGAGGAGGCCGCCCUUUUUCUCAAGCGCAUGGAAAUGAGAAUGAGAAUGAGAAUGGCUGCUAUGAGGUCGGGGGUUCCGGGUUUCCAUGCCCGCAGCAGCCUGCUGGUGUUGGUGCUGCUGGGAGCGCUGCUAGGAAGGUGCAUUUUGAGGCGCCUCAAAAUGCACCUCACUACAUGUGCCCGCAGCAGCCUGCUGGUGCUGGUGGUGCUGGGAGCGCUGCUAGGAAUGGGGGGAGGAUGGGAGGGGAGGGAUUUGGACGGCAGCAGCAGCUUUCCCAGCAGCAAGGGGGCAGUGGGAGGAGGAGAGGGAGUGGUGGUGGCGGUGGUGCUGUUGCUUCCAGGGCUGGUGGUGGUGGUGGUGGCAGCAGUGGUGGUGGUGUUACGGGAAGGGGUGUUGCUGGUAGCAGUGGUGGUCACUGGGUGGCAGAGGGUGGCAAGAAGGUGAGCUGUCUCACACUUUGUUUUAGGUGUGUUUUGAGAAUUCGAGAAAAAUACCUUCUGGAAGGGGUGGUGAUGGCAGCAGCAGUGGUGGAUAUAGGUAUAGGAAGGGGUGCUGCUGCUAGCAGCAGCGGCGGUCACUGGGUAGCAGAGGGCGGCAAGAAGGUGAGUUAUCUGCACUGUCUCUGCUCCCAAUAUUGCAUAACCUCUGCUGGUGGCAGCAGCGGUGGCGGGUAUAGGAAGGGGUGUUGCCGGUAG